GUAGACACCUCGUAUAUGGAUGAGACCGAAACACAAGUGAAACAUGGCAAUUACCAAAACUACUACCAGUUCCGGGCAGAAGACAGCAGAUCAGGCAUAUUGCGAGAAUGCUUACAAACGCUUUGGAACGAAAACAAUCAGAACCAGGAGCGAGAUACCACGAACACAAAGGUGCAUAUGAUUGAUAUUGGUUGCAACUCCGGUCGAUUCACAGCGAAGGUGCGCGAGAUACUAGAACAGGUAUGCAACGGAGCGCUAGUCAAAGCGGUUGGCAUCGACAUAGAUGAAAGACUGUGCGAUCGGGCCAGAACAGAGUUUCCCGAAAUCGAAUUCUUCAAAGGAAACAUACUGAGCAUUGCCCACCAACAGACGACUCGAGGUCAAGCGGAGGAUCCAAUCGAGCAAUGCAUGAAGCGCUUAGGAAUUGAACGGUUCGAUGUAAUCUGUUGCUUUUCCGUGCUUAUGUACAUUCACUUAAACGGAGGCGAUGAUGGGUUGCGUAGUGUGUUAGAUUAUCUUUGCGAAAAGGGCAAAUUUCUAAUACUGGAACUGCAAGCUUGGAAAAAGUACCAAGACCAGGUACGACGAUUGAAACGAGAUGCAGGCCAAAUGUAUCCAUUGUACGCGGAACUUGAGUGGAGAGGCCGAGGCGGAGUUUUGGAAGACCACAUUAAGGCUUAUGUAGCGUCGAAAGGAUUCCAAAUGGUAUCGGAAAGUGCGGAGAAGAAUGAGUUCGAUAGGCAACUAACAUUUUUUAAGAAAAUCUAA